UGGAUUUCUUCACCAGUCGCCACAACUCUCCUUCUCCCUCUCUCUUUAAUCAUAUAUAUAUAUAUAUAUAGUCUUUCGGAGCUUUUUAUACGAAGUAUCAAUGGCUGUUGAAGCUCAUCACAUGAACAUUUUCUCUCCUCAGUUGUUAUCAGACAGAGAUUGUGUUAAACUCAAACAAGACAUGAACCACGGCGAGUUUCAUCUCCCCGCCGGCGAAGUUCCGUUUGUAACCGGAGAAUCUCUCGCCGUAGAUCCUUUAGCUAAAGCUUACUUCAACAAAUCAGAAAAUGGUCCCACUUAUAACUUCAACUCAUCCUCUGUUCUUCCUCCGUCCGCAAAACGUCCGAGAGGAUCUCAAUACCUUGACUCAGACGCUCAUUUCGCGUCUCCGGUUAAACGGAGGUCCGGUGCGUUUAGCUUAACCUCAUCGUUGAUAAACGCUGAACUCGUGUCUCAGAUCCAAAACCAACAACAGUCGGAGAUUGAUCAGUUCGUAGCUCAACAAACGGAGAAGCUUAGAAUAGAGGUUGAAGCUCGUCAGCGAACGCAAACGCGGAUGUUAGCGUCUGCGGUUCAAAACGCGAUAGCCAAGAAGUUAAAAGAGAAAGAUGACGAGAUCGUACGUAUGAGAAAUCUUAAUUGGAUAUUACAAGAGCGAGUCAAGAGUCUUUACGUUGAAAACCAAAUAUGGCACGAUAUGGCUCAAACCAGCGAAGCACACGCUAACAACCUUCGAACAAACCUAGACCAAGUUCUGGCUCAAAUCCAAACGUUACCAACCGCACCAACCGUUGCAGAAGACGAUGCGGAGUCGAGCAGCGGAAGUUGCGUCGAAGGUGGUGAAGCUAUUACUGCGGUUGGUGGUGGUUGCAAGCGGUGUGGUGAGAGAGAAGCGAGUGUGUUGGUGUUACCUUGUCGUCAUUUGUGUUUGUGUACGGUUUGUGGUUCGGCUUUGUUACAAACUUGUCCGGUUUGCGAUUCGGUCAUGAACGCUAGUGUACAUGUUAACAUGUCUGCUUGACCAUUUUUUCUUCUUUUUUGUGCAAUUAAAUUCAUAUUUUGUUUUUUU